AUGGGGGAAGCUGGCCGCACCCGGGGGGGGGAACCGGCCGGGGGGGCCCCGGGCGCGGGGGCUGCGGGCGGGUGGGCGGGGGGGGGGGGGGUCGGGGGGGGAGGGCGGGGGGCGCGACAACGGGACGGAGGGGGUCAGAUGUGGGGGGGCGGCGAAGAGGCUCGUAGCCGCGUGUACGCAAGUGGCAAUGGGUCGAUAGACGGUACCGCAUGCGCCCCGGACGACACCGGCCCAUACAGGUGGGGGGGAAUGCGCCGGGCCAAGACAGAGCUGGCUAGGGCUCGCACAGCGCCGAAUCGAGACGAGGCCGCCCCGGGACAGGGUGGACGGACCUGUGCGCUUUGUGAUGGCCGCGGACCGCACUCCCAACCAAUCCCGACGUCCACCUCCCUGAUUGGGGUGCCCCCGGUCCCGGUUGGGACUAGUCAAUCACCGCCCCAAGGCAUGGCUAGGGGGGGGGGGCGGGGGGGGGGGGGGGGGGGGGGGGGGGGGGGGGGGGGGGGGGGGGGGGGCUCCUUGACAAGCCACCGAUCCCCCGAUUGCCCACCCCUGCACCCACUGGCCCGGCCCUUAACUGUUCUAGUCUAG